GGAGGGGCGGCGGGCGGCGGGCGGCGGGCGGCGGCGGCGGCAUGGCAGGUCGGCGGGUGAACGUAAAUGUGGGCGUGCUGGGCCACAUCGACAGCGGCAAGACGGCGCUGGCGCGGGCGCUGAGCACCACGGCCUCCACCGCCGCCUUCGACAAGCAGCCGCAGAGCCGCGAGCGCGGCAUCACGCUCGACCUGGGUUUCUCGUGCUUCUCGGUGCCGCUGCCCGCGCGCCUGCGGUCGGCGCUGCCCGCUCCCCCGGCGGCGUCCGGAGCCGAGCCCGGGCCCGGCGAGCCGCAGCUUCAGGUCACGCUGGUCGACUGCCCCGGGCACGCCUCCCUCAUCCGGACCAUCAUUGGCGGGGCCCAGAUCAUUGAUCUGAUGAUGCUGGUCAUUGAUGUGACCAAAGGGAUGCAGACCCAGUCAGCGGAGUGCCUUGUGAUUGGGCAGAUUGCCUGCCAGAAGCUGGUUGUGGUGCUGAACAAAAUAGACCUCUUGGCUGAAGGGAAGAGACAGGCAGCGAUUGAUAAAAUGACCAAGAAAAUGCAGAGGACCCUGGAGAACACCAAGUUCCGAGGUGCACCGAUUAUACCCGUGGCGGCCAAGCCUGGGGGGCCAGAGGCCCCUGAAACAGAAGCUCCACAGGGCAUCUCAGAGCUCAUUGAGCUCCUGACAUCCCAGAUUUCCAUCCCGACAAGAGACCCCUCGGGACCACUCCUCAUGUCUGUGGACCACUGUUUCUCCAUCAAAGGCCAAGGCACUGUGAUGACAGGGACCAUCCUCUCAGGCUCCAUCAGCCUCGGCGACAGUGUGGAGAUUCCCGCCCUCAAGGUGGUGAAGAAGGUGAAGUCCAUGCAGAUGUUUCACAUGCCUGUCACCUCAGCCAUGCAGGGAGACCGACUGGGCAUCUGCGUCACCCAGUUUGACCCCAAGCUACUGGAGCGUGGCCUGGUGUGUGCCCCUGAGUCCCUGCACACUGUCCACGCGGCCAUCAUCUCUGUGGAGAAGAUCCCGUAUUUCCGGGGGCCCCUGCAGACCAAAGCCAAGUUCCACAUCACGGUGGGCCAUGAGACAGUCAUGGGCCGGUUGAUGUUCUUCAGCCCUGCCCCCGAUAGCUUUGACCAUGAGCCUGUGCUGGACUCCUUCGACUUCUCUCGAGAAUACCUCUUCCAGGAGCAGUACCUAGAUAAGGAUUUGGCACCAGUGGCGACAGACAGUGAUGAGGCUAACAAGAAGACGGGCCAGGCCACAGAAGGCUGCUGCCCUCGGCAGCAGUGGGCCCUCGUGGAAUUUGAGAAGCCUGUCACCUGCCCUCGGCUGUGCCUGGUGAUUGGCUCCAGGCUAGAUGCAGACAUUCAUGCCAACAUGUGCCGGCUGGCCUUCCACGGCGUCCUGCUCCACGGGCUGGAGGACAAGGACUAUGCUGAGAGCUUCUUGCCCAGGCUGAAAGUGUAUAAGCUCAAGCACAAACAUGGCCUUGUAGAACGGGUGAUGGAUGACCACAGCGUGAUCGGCCGCUCCCUGUUCAAAAAGGAGACCAACAUCCAGCUCUUUUUGGGCCUCAAGGUGUACCUAUCCACUGGGGAGCUGGGGGUCAUCGACAGCGCCUUCGGCCAGAGUGGCAAGUUCAAGAUCCACAUCCCUGGUGGCCUCAGCUCCGAGUCCAAGAAGAUUCUAACACCCACCCUCAAGAAGCGGGGCCGGGCCGGCCGAGGAGAAGCAGCCAAGCUGGAGGAGCUGGCUGAGCGGUCCGAGCCUGCGCAGCACGUGGCCCUCAGCCUGUCUUUUAAGCGUUACGUCUUUGACACCCACAAGCGCAUGGUCCAGUCUCCCUGAGUGUUCCAGUGACCCUGCCCAGGCCCUGGGCUGGGCUGCAUUGCCAAGUGUCCGACCAGAUGUGCCUCAACCUCCUUCAGUAUGUUCCUCCCCAUGACCCUGCAGACACGAGCCCUAGGCCUGGCGCUAAGCCCCGGUGAAAAGCCUGGGGGGGUGCGGUGGCAGUGACACCAGGGCUGGGGCCCAGAGGGUCUGUCCCGGCACUCUCGCACCUACUGGGGGCCAGUGUUUCCCAGGCCGCCCCACUGGCAGCCAUGGGAGGGCCAGUCCACACCCUGCCCCAGGUGGGGCCUGGCCCUUAACCAGCUGUAAAUAAAUGUCCCAUGGUGUCUGCCCACUCUGUUGGUCUCUGUGAUUUCACUGGGAGGGGCUCCCCAUGCCUGUUCCCAAGGGGAACGUCAAGGGGUUCAGCAGCGUUCCCGCCCAGAGAAGAGCUGGAGGGACCAGAACUCAGAGCCCAGUGGGAGUGGGCUGAGGAGUCCACAGGGUGUCAGGCCCCUAGGCCAGGCUGGUGGCCCAUGGGGUCUCCUGGGCCUUGAGGGACAUGGUGGGGGGGUUCUCUGCACAGCCAAGUCCAGAGAGGGCUCUGCCAGGAAGGGGAUCCAUGGAGUGCUGGGGAGCCACAAGGUGCCCGGCCAGGGCGUCAGGGCAGAGGCAGGCUGGAGGGAUUGCUUCCCCGGCCCCACACCAGCAGUCCCUAGGCCUCUGCCCUCGAGUUUGGGGCCCAUACUCCCCAAGGUGUGGAGGUGAGGGCAGGUGACAGAACACUGUGCAGAGCACCCUGUGGGCCAGGGACCACGAGCACAGCCCCCUCCAAAGCCCAGGAAGCCCUACCCUUGCUCCUCCGCCCUGGCCCACAGGCCACCCCACCCCGCAGCCUGAGCUAUGGAUGCUCAGAAAAGGGCGGGAUGGCGAAACUAACUGAAUGAGAGAAAUCAAAGCUUUGUAGGAUGUACAGAUGUUCCAGCGCUUCUUUAUUUGGCCUCCAAACAGACGCAGAGGCUGCCCUUUCAUCCUGGUGCGUUAUGCUUCAAUUUGCAAAAGUGGCAUCAAAAAUAUUAACGGGAGGGCGGGGCGCCUGGGUGGCUCAGUCAGUUAAGCGUCUGCCUUCAGCUCAGGUCAUGAUCUCAGGGUCCUGGGAUCGAGCCCCGCAUCAUCGGGCUCCCUG